UUUCAAGCAUGCCCUCGAGAAUCGUCAUCCGAGCAGGCCUGGAAGUUGUCGUACAUCCACUAAAGGAGGGGUUCUGUCUUCGCUGGUCCAGGACGAGCGUGCGGAAUUAAAGGCAGAUUAUCGGAAAGAUGCACCACCUGAACGCCUUGAACCAUCGCAGAACAAGGGUGCAAAACGGCAUGACUCGGCCAUUUGUAGUACUGGGGAGGUGACUGCAUCAAGAUUGGCAGACUUGGAUACUGUCGUGCACAACAAUCGUAAAACAGGACGUGCCAGUGCCCAUUUGGAAGGAUGCCUCGCCCAGGAUGUGGCAACUAUGGAAGGGGCUGAGGGGACGAGGGAGACGGCAGUGGACUCUGGGCAAGCAACAUCCAUGAGAGCUGUGGAUUUAAGUAAGAAUAAGAGUGGGGAUGGGAACGCUGCGAUUCCACCUAGUGAUAUGAAGUGUACUAGUCCAUGCAAUCAAUAUACAAUGAAGAGGAGUAAUGCAGCAUUCACAAUAGACAGUGAUGGAAGUCUGGCGAAACGCGUGCGGAAAGAUGGUGUGGCAGAUGCUGAAAUGGCAAAGGGAGAGGGAAAAAGUCGUGGAGCUGUAGUAGAAGAGGAAACCUCGACAACUUCCUCGUACAAAGCAAGCCAGUCAGUGAUCCCAUGUCUGGAGGUUGUAUUGAGUGUGGAUGAAACACAAGGGCAGCCUGUCACAGACAGGGGUGACGAGCAAGGAAAUGCUUCAUGCCUGGGGUAUGAUUCCAUGGCUGGAAGCCAGGCUUGCUGUCAAGAUGGAAAGGACAGCAAAAGCAAGCAUUCUGCAGAAGAGUUGAUGAGGAAUACUGAUGGGGGACACACCACAGGUGAUCCUCUCGCUGUGAAGAUGACUGGCUUAACCCCACCAAAAGGGCCCAGGGAAGGGGUUCCAUUGGCUGCCGAGAGGAACGAAAAAGAGGCAUCCUCCUCUUUCAGAAUCAACAUCAUGGGAAUGGGGAUGGGCGGUGGUGAGAUAUUGAAGGUUUCGAAUUCAGAAUGCACAGAGCUCACAGUUGUUGUGGAUACAGCGGAUUGUGAAGCUAGUGUGGCAGCAGAGCAGGAAAAUGUUUGCACGACUCGCAUGGGCAGUGGUAAUCAUACACAACCCCCACCCAGAACCCUUCUGCGAAUCUGCACUGAGUCUAGUCAUAAUGAAUCUUCGACCGCUGAUGAUGUCAGGAAAAAUACGUUGCAGGCCAAGACGAAGCAAACGGUGUUUUCUGACAGCCUCGACAUCCCAAGUCAAAAUGAGCUGGUAGCUGGAGGUGGAGUGCCUGCGUGUGGAGUGGCUGAAGAUCGAGGAGAGUACGCGGAGGAGGAACCUACCUCCAGGAGCAUAUUGCUGAGUGCCCAAUCACAUGGAGAAAAUUGUCAAGCUGACAAAACUGCACCUUGUACACUGUCACACGCUGCCACGGGGUCAAGGAAUCUCGGCAGCGCAGUCAAAAACUUUUCUGAGGUGGCAUGUGACAGCGGCCACGAGGACAAGAAGGACAGUCUCAUGGGGAAAGUGGACAACAUUGUCAUUCUGACAGAUGUGAAGGUGUCUGACAACCCAGUCAGUAUGACCAGAAAAGAGGAUAAUAUUGCCAGUCUGGCAAGGGUACAGGCAUCUGACAACCCAGUCAGCUCUCAUCCUUGUGAAAGUGUCAUCAACGCCUCACGUGCAAGGGCUGGGUCACAGGUACAAGAUUGCCACUCUGAUCAAUCUCCAGCUCCUGAAGCCUCAGGGAUUUCGGUCGGUUGUACACCUCCCCUCAUUGACUCAUGCCCCAGUGCCGACAUGGCCAAGAGUGACUUUCCACAAGGAACAGCUGGGUGCAGGAAUGAUGAUGAGCGAAAGGACAAGGAGAUGACAGGAACGGAGGACAAAACAGUCUGCCAGACUAGUGAGAUUAGUCCAGGAAAGAUGAAAAAGAAGAAGAAGAAGAAAACACAACUAGACGUCGCCGACGAAAAAUCAGAGGAUUUUACCUGGGAAAAAAGGUAUGGAAAGGUCAUGUUCGACGUCUGGGACAUCGGGAACAUGAGAGCAUUGAUCCGCUACAGGAUACACUGCGCAUCUGCUCAUGAAGACAAUACAACCCCCACAAGCAGGAGUUUGGGAGGGAAUCAGCCAGUAGGAGUUCCACAGGGUGCAGAAGUGUCGGAGAUGCCGAUCUCGGUCAGGCCAAAGAUGGAAUACCAGCCGGAAAAGGUCUCUGGUCUGAAGAAGAAGAAGAAGAAGAAGAAGAAGAAGAAGAAGAAGAAGAAGAAGAAGAAGAAGUCUGAAGAGAAGAAGAAGAAGAAGAAGAAGAAGAAGAAGAAGAAGAAGUAGGAGCCGAGGAGGAGAGAGAGAGAGGGGACUGGCGAGGGGAGGGAGGAGAGAGGCCUCCGACUCCCGAUACCUCAG